UCUCUUGACUUUUUUCAUAAAGUAUGAUUUAUAAGUCACAAUUCAUGUACAUGAAGGACUAUAAUUUUUGUUCCUCUUUAUUGACAAAUUUACAUAUUUUGCAUCAAAUACUUUUAUUCAAAAUUAUUUUAAUUGGAUAAAGACAAAUCUUUACUAGUAUCAAUUAUAAUUCUCAACAGUACGACUCAAUAUUAUUUGACAUUAAAUUCUGUCUACUGUCUCUAUUUAACAUUUUUAAUAUAAAUAUAUAUACUAAUUGUUAAAUUUAUAAUUUGAUAAAUAUUGUCAGAGAGAAACACUCUCUCUGAUAUUGUAAAGAUUGAAAAAAAUAAUUGAAAAAACCUAAAUUUUUCUGUAAUAUAUGCGAUUAUUCGCCAGAGGGCUAUAGAUUUAAAGUUACAACGUUGGCGACCCUGAUUGCUAGUGUUGCAUCACACGAUUAGAUUGUGUGUGAAAUACAAAUUUGGCGUCAAUUAUGUAUAAUUGAAUUUUGCAUUUGCAUUCGUGAAGAAUAUUAUGUUAUAAAAAAUGUGGAUGUGGAGGACAUCGAUUGUCACCGCAUCGGAUCGUAUAUUUCCCGGUUUAGCCUAUUACGAUCGAAAAAAAGAAUUUUAUGAUAUAGGAAAUCAGAUACAAGCCAAUUUGCCACUUCAAAUAGCAUUAUAUUUUAAUGUAGGGAUAUUUCCAUUGUGGUUUAUUAUAAUAAUUGUUAACUUGGAUGCAAAGUAUUAUUACUUGACAGAUGUAUACAAAGUUAUAACUAUAGCAGUAUUUAUUGUUAUAUCAACAUUGGAAAGUUUACGAUUAUACUUGGGAUAUCUUGGAAAUUUAGCAGAAAAGAUUCCAGAACUGGCAAGUUUUUGGCUGAUAUCUACUCUUAUACAUUUACCUUUAGAGAUGUUUCUUCUUUUCGAUAAUAAAACUAUACCUCAUCUUAGCGAAACAAUUGCUAAUGGUGUCAUGAGUUUUCUUCUUGUUACGGAAAUUAUAACAGCUACGAUAGCUUUAAAACAAUUGGCAAAUCAUCAUGCUAAAAGAUUUUAUGUUGCACAAUUAUAUGGAAUUGAUAAUAUAGAGUACAUUAAUGUAUACUGACUUUAUUGCUUUUCAGAUUUUACAAUAUAAUAUUGCAUUAUUAUGUCAAUAAUAUGUAAUCUAAUGUGAUGAUAUUUUAGUGU